CUUUGGAAACUUUAUCGUUUUGCUCGCUGGCUCACGCGUAAAUGUGGAUGUCGCCUGUACCGUCAGCUGUAGCCAGGGCGUGUUUAUUCAAGUACUGCUGCGCGUAAAGGUGCGUACGUGUGCGCGUGUCCUUCCACAUUGUGUGUCUGGUGUGUGUGUGUGUGUGUGUGUGGUUGGUGGGGGAUCCUCCAGUUGCGUGAAAAAGGAAGUUUGGAGUUUGCAGAUUGCAGCGGAUCUUUAAAGGAAGAGAGGGGAGCAGCAACCUGAACCUGCAGGCUGCAAAAAGUAGCCACGGCUCAUGUGAGUGAAACCUUAGAGGAAAGGUCCUGAAGCGCUCAGGUGGGUCCGGAUUGGUGAGAUGGAGACAGACGCAACAUAAUGCAAUAGAAAAAGAAGGAAAACAUUCUCACUCAGCCUCACUGACUCGCAUUUUCAUACUUCCUCAAGAACUCGUCACAUCCUCGACUGUGGUGUCCCCCUGUCAGAAACACACACUCCCUGUGACACAUGGCUGACUGUGGGAGACGGAAGGGGUGAGGGAGACUACGGGAGCGAGAGACGUCCAGACACACACUCAUCGAGAGCAAGAGCCAGUCGGCCAUCUGUGGUCGGUCCCCUGCUAUUCUGCAGCUGUGUUGGAGUCAGCGAAUGGUCCUCCGCUUUGCUAGGAAAAGGGGGCUUCUUCCUACAUCUCAUUACCCAGUGGAUGAGCCCAGGCUAGGGCAAUGUUAAGGUCUCACUGGCCUCGAUUCAGGCCCCUGGGGCUACUUCUGUGGCGGGAUGGGUGAUACCCCAGCUGGAUGUUCCGCUGUCACCAUUCUCCAUGGCUAUCAUUAGUGGCUAAUGAGCUGCUGCUGGAGAGGAAACGGAGAAGGUGCCUGUGGAGAGAGGAGGAACCUUACAGCUGUUAUUAAGAGGCCCAGAGAUCUCAGACGAGGAAUUUUUUCGCCUCUGCAAGAGAGUUGAAAGCACGAGAAGGAUAUCGACCUUGGAAUACACAGUUGUAUGUAUUUUUUUUUUCAGAUGUUGAUUGCCAAUAUUUUUGUUCUUGUUGCUGCUUUUGUGUGACUGUGAAAAAUGUCAUCAUGCAUUUGAAAGACAUGUUUUUUCAAGAUGAUGCAGUAUUUGGACGUAUUUUUUUUCCCUUUCUCUCUUAACUGAAGGAGUUUCAGGAAAAUAUUUUUAUCCAGCAGGAUUCUUUGUUACUGUGUGUUUUUUUUUUUUAAAUAGUUUAACACUUUGAUAUUAUUUUGACCCUUCUAUGCCCUGAGGAAUAUUGUUCACUAUGGCAGCAGCCUAUCGUGUUGUUGUGAGCAGUGUGAGCUGCUACAACAGUGUGGUAGUGGACCGACGCACUCACUCCCAUGCUGUGCACUACUGCUCGGGGCCAUGUGGGGCGCUGUCCCAGGGCUUAGACUGUACCGUCGCACACCGUGGCACCUGCUCCGAGCUGCUGGUUGCACCUGACCCUGCAUACAAUGAUCUCAACAGCUCACCCAUCCACUCCCGCAACAUGAUCUCUCAACAACAUCCUAACCAUGCUAAACUUUGUGUUACCAUGGAUACUAAUCAUAAUGGUGGUUUAGAGAGGGCAGGCAGCAGUGGCAAUUUGUCUUUAGGGGAGGACAGCCCCACGUGGCGUGGUAAAAAGACCCCCUGUGCAAUUGGAUCAACUGGCAACUUGAGCGCUUCUGGCAGUCUGAAGGACAUUACUGAAGAGGCCAUCAACCUGGCUAGUGGUAAGCUAAAGGAGUUUUCUUUUGACAAGCUCCGACUCUCCUCCUCCAGCCAUGUCACCUUCCGGAAAGGUCGCAAGGUCCGUCCAGACUCUUUCAGUCGUCGCUCCACUGAUCUGGAGAUCAUCUAUGGCCACUUCAGCUCCAACCUUGCCACAAACGGAACUACUAAUGGCAUGACAAAUGGCAUGGCCACUUCUAAUGAUGAGAACCUGCCACCGUUUGUGCUGGGCAAAGGAACAGGGCUGGAGGAGACAAAGCUAAAGGCGAGCACAAGCACCUUGUCAUCCAUCACCAAAGUGGGUGGUGGUUCAACAAACAGCCUCUCAAGUAUUGCGUCAUUGGACCAAAGUCUAAACACAGUUGCCUCCCUGUACCGCAACACCCUGGGAGAGGAGAAUCUAAUUGCCCGUCUGCUGGAGAAAACCAGAGCGGAGGCUGCCAGUGGUGGAGCAGGUGGGGAGGACAUCCGUGCCUGCCUUGACAUCCUGCUUAAAUGUUCUGAAGACUUAAAGAAAUGCACCGAUAUCAUCAAGCAGUGCAUCAGACGCAAAGCUGGUGGAGGGCCGGAGGAUGGAGGAGCAAGUCCUGACAGUGUGUAUCGGGCUGUGAUGACCAGACUGAGCUCCUAUCUAAAAAGAUUGCCUCUGGAGCUAGAAGGGAUUGGAGGUUUGGGAGGCAGUGGGCAGGGUGGUCAGGGUGCACCUGGAAGUGGGCACAGCGAUCUGGCUGAGCUGGUAAACACGCUUCACUCCAUCCAACAAGGACCUUAUUCUCCAAUAUUUGGCAAUGAGCAACCUCCCCGCUACGAAGAUGUGGUGCAGUCGCCUCCAAUUCCAAAGACUGUUCCACACUCUGCAUCUUCUAUUUCUUCCUCUGUUUCACCUUCUUCCUCACCUUUUAAAUCAGAUUCUCUUCAUAACAAACCAGUCCAGAGCUCAGCUCAGCCUAGAGCCAGUCCACUCACCAAUGGACUACAACAUCCUUCGUCUAUCACACAACACACUCUCUCUCCACCGUCUAUCACAUGUUCUUCAACCAGCUCCUCUCCAACACACUCUCCAUCCCCUCUUCGUAUGUCCCCAACCCCACCAUAUACGCACACUCCUCCAGCAUCCCCCAUGGAAGCUCUUUAUAUUGAGGAGGAGGAGGCGGAUGUGGGAAAGACACCAGAACAAAUCACACAGGAGACACAUACUCCCACUAGAGGUGUGAACACUACCCAAAACAAAAAUGGGAUUAUGUUGGGGCAACACCUGCACCCUUCCCAACCACACACACUCCAUAACUCUUCAAAUAGUUUGCCGACCAGUUCUGGCUACAGCCCUGCCUGGCCAUCUUCUGCCUCGCUAACAUCCUCAGCACCAAAAACAGCAGCACACAGAAAUGACGACAUUGACAAGCUGCUGAUGGACUUGGAGAAUCUGUCUCAGAGUAUGAGCCACCCCAGAAGCAUAGAGCCUCCACUUCCAGCCAAGACCAGGAAGAGAGAAGGAGGCCAAGGAAUCAUCUCCAACGAGUCCUUCACUCAGCCCAAAAUGGCCCAGUUCCAAGUCCAGAAGCAAGCCAGCCACCUAACCAUGAAUGGUCUUAGCUCCAGAACUCCCCAGAAUCUUGCUCCUCCCCAAGUAGAGAGCAACGAAGCUGUGGUGGGAGAGGAAGAAGAUGGAGCACUGUUGCUGAGAAUCCUUGAGAGCAUUGAGAGUUUUGCCCAAGAGCUGGUUGACUCUGGAGCAGGGAGCACAGGGAGCGCUGAGAGGAACAGCGGAAAGGAGCGGGAGGUGAUGAAGCUCUUGCAGGGUACACUGGCCACCACUGGCAGGGCUGAUACCCCUGUGGAAACCACAGACCUACCAGCUGCUCCCACUGCUCCAUCGGUGCACACAAGUGUUGUCCCAGCUUUACCGGCAAAACACACCCUGGCAAGCACACCUGCAGUUUCACCUGCACUGACACCCGUCCCUGCAGCACCUGAAGCCGAGUUCAAUGUUGCACCUGAGCCUGCACCUAAACCAACACCUGAUGCUGCACCCAAACUUUUCCCUACACCUUCACCUGGGCCUACAGCUGAUACUGCAGAUAAAAUUACAGAAGCCUCUACAGGUGAGGCUGACGCAGAAUCCAUCCCGGCUCUGGUAACAUCUGCAACUGCAGGCGUGCAUUCCUCCACGCAUGUAGAUGAACCCACACCUGUCGUCGUACCUGAAGCUCCAGCUACUGUCGCCAUCCCAGCUGCAGCAGAAGUAAGAGAUGCUGUCGUUGCUGCUGCUGAACCUGCUGCGGCGAGAGACGGUGGUUCAACCCUGCUCAUCCAGCAAACUCCAGAAGUGAUCAGAGUGCAGUCUAAACCAGAAAAGAAACCAGGAACACCUCCGCCAGCCCCUGCUGCGGCCACAGCCACGCCGAUCCCCACACCGCGCUCGCCCAGCCCUCCUCCAGCUCCGGUGAUAGUCACCCCUCCUCCCCCUGCCAUCAACAUUCCCAGGUUCUACUACCCCCGUGGGCUCCCUGCCCUGGGCCCGGCUCCCAACCACGAUGCGGCCAUCGCUGCCAUCGAGACGGCUUUCAUCGAGUUCGAGGAGGAGAAGGCUGACAUUUACGAAAUGGGCAAGAUCGCCAAGGCAUGCGGGUGUCCACUUUACUGGAAGGCCCCCAUGUUCUACGCAGCGGGUGGUGAGAGGACGGGCUUCGUGUCUGUUCACUCAUUCGUUGCAACCUGGAGGAAGUUGUUGCACAGUUGCCACGAUGAUGCAUCAAGGUUCAUUUCCUUGCUCGCUAAACCGGGCUGUAACUACCUGGAACAGGAAGACUUCAUUCCUCUACUGCAGGACAUUGUGGAUACGCAUCCUGGGCUCACAUUUCUGAAGGAUGCACCUGAAUUCCAUUCACGCUACAUAACAACGGUGAUCCAGCGGAUAUUCUACGUGGUGAACCGUUCGUGGACGGGUCGCGUCACCAUGAUGGAGCUGCGCAGGAGCAACUUCCUGCAAACUUUGGCGCUACUGGAGGAAGAGGACGACAUCAACCAGAUCACCGACUACUUCUCCUACGAACACUUCUACGUCAUCUACUGCAAGUUCUGGGAACUGGACACCGACCACGACUUGUACAUUGAUCCCAAAGACCUGGCGAGAUACAACGACCACGCAUCCUCAAACAGAAUCAUUGAGAGAUUGUUUUCGGGGGCCGUCACUCGGGGUAACGCUGUGCAGAGGGAAGGCAGGAUGAGCUACGCUGAGUUCGUCUGGUUCCUCAUAUCUGAGGAAGACAAGAAAAAUCCCACCAGUAUAGAGUACUGGUUCCGCUGCAUGGACGUGGACGGUGACGGCGUCCUGUCCAUGUUUGAGUUGGAGUAUUUCUAUGAGGAGCAGUGCGAGAGGAUGGAGAGGAUGGGCAUCGAGCCUCUGCCCUUCCAGGAUCUGCUCUGCCAGAUGCUCGACCUGGUCAAACCUGAGAGCUCGGGUAAGAUAACCCUGGGUGAUCUGAAGCGCUGCCGGAUGGCCCACAUAUUCUUUGACACUUUCUUCAACCUGGAGAAAUACCUGGACCACGAACAGAGAGACCCGUUUGCUGUGCAAAAGGAUAUUGAUAGUGAAGGUCCAGAGCCAUCUGACUGGGAUAAAUACGCCUCAGAGGAAUAUGAGAUACUGGUGGCGGAGGAGACUGCAAAUGAACAGCUACACGAGGGGUCCUUCGAUGAUGACUAUGAAUCCGAGGAGCUUCAAGUCCCCGGAGAGAUCGGGAAUAAAAUGGAAAAACUGGUCAUAUCAGACCUGUCAGCGUAAAACUGUUUCCCUGGAAUUCCUGAGCUGCUCUCUCUGGAAAACAGACACAAGUGACAGAGGAUCCUUUGGGACGCAUGCAUCCAAGAAUGCAUGGAUGUAAAGACGGAGAGAGAAGAGGAUUCCCACAUCUGUGACAUCUGUCUUACGACGAUUCUGGACUCCCCUUCAGAACAGAGUGUUUUUUUGUGUGUGUGUGUGUCUGUGUGUGUGACCGUAAAGCGUGACUGUUGUGUGUUUGGUGCAGCAGUGCAUCUGUAUUCACACAGAAAACAAAUCCCUGCCUCCUCCAGCGCUUCACUCCGUGUGAGAGAACUCAGUCAGCGAUUGGCGGGAGGAGGGGUUAGACAUGUUUGAUAAGCUCUAAAAGGAAUCGAGAAAAAUACUUUACUGUAAAAUAAUGUAGUUAUUAUUGUGAAUUCUCUACUGACUACUGCCAGAAGACAAUCGUUUUUUUUUUGUUUUUUUUUAAAUGUUGCUGUGCUGAAGGUAGACUGACAGGUACGCUGUCAGUGACACACAUGGACUUCUGGUUGGAGGAACAGGCAGAUACAAAGAGAUAAUGACAGCGAUAGGCACUGCCAUUGAAGAUCAGCUGCUCUAAUACAUACGACACACCGACAGACACUGCCUUCAGGAACCUGCUGCCCUCUGUGCAGCUUGUCACUGUGUUUCUCGUAAAGGAAGUUGUUAAAACCUCGAGUCCCUUCGGGGAGCGGUCACGUAACAGUGGUUGUAACAGCACCUCCUCUCUGUGGCCGGUCCGUGCUACUGCAUGCCGUCGGUGGCGUGUGCGGUGCACGGUCGCCGGCUAAAACAUUUCCAUAAGGGAGUCUAGUUGACUGCACUUGCCUGAGCUGCUCUAUUAUUAGUGCAGUAUUAUCAGAGCUGCAGCCUCCAGGCUCGUCUCUAACUACACGGACUGUAAUGUUCAAGCCCUCCAUUUCAAGGUUUUUAAAUUCUCAAUCAGGUAACAGUGAAAGGUAUGACAUAUGCACAUAAACUGAUUUAGACUGCCAGUCAUAUCAAACUCUCUGGUAGAGUUGCCCAAAACAUUUCCACCUGUGACAUUUGUAAUAAUGCAAUAGAUGUGCCUAAGAUCUGUGAGUCGCUCCUGCCGUCCUCAUGCAAUAUCCCACUGUGUGUGUUUUCUUUCCACAACUUUGUAUUUUGUUGUAUUUUAUUGCAAAUUUAAGUGUAGAAUAGGAGCGCUUCAGUGAGGUCAGCAAACGUCAGAGGCAGGUACACAGACACAGUGCGUUACACAGGAAUAGGAUAACGGUAAAGAUGUUCAGCAAGUAAAUGUUAUUUGUGUCCAUUUCAUCCGGUAUGUUUCACCCUUGUCUCUCUGUAGAUGAAGCAUCUUAAUGUUUUCUCACAUCCUUGUUGAAUGUGUACAGUGCCUGCUUGAUCCUUUGUAGUCAUUUAUGCCAAAAAAGUGGAUUUUUUUUUGCUUAUCUGCUUACAUUUCAUUAUCAUAUAUCAUGUGUUUAUGAAGUUGUAUGAUGUCCAUCCUACCUGUAGCACACGCAUAAAGCACAAGGAUGCCUCUUAAUGGUUCACAUAAACAUACGGAGAAAAAAAAAAAAAACUCUAAUGGUAUCCUGCCUGCAAAUAAUUUGGUAUUUUCUAUACUGUAAGUGUGAUAUUUCAGCCUGGACUCCACCACAAUGGAAGUGAAUGGAAUUUUGUUUGUGGCUCUUAGAAUAUUUGAACUUCUCUAAAACCAUGUUUCCCCAAAACAAACCACAGAACACACUGUGAACUAUUUUUUAUUAGAGACACUUUCUUUUGAGGAACACAGAGGUUCCUCCAGACUUAACAAGACACUGUUUUUGGCACGUGCUGAUUUUUAUUUUUAUUUUUUUGCCACAAAUAAAUGUCCAUUCUCCUCUGUAUUGAGAUAAAGGCAGAAAUGUUUCCGGCAGAUAUCUUUAAAAUGUGUAAAUAAAGUAAAAGCCAAACAUUUUGCAUGGCUGGAUACCACGAUGAGUUUCGUUUUAAACUGGGUGAACCCUUCAGCUCCAUUAUUUACUGUACUGCACUCACAGAGGCAGGUGCAUGUGUGUACACUGCCUUUACUGUAAUAGCUAGGAGCGUGUGUUUGCUUAUAAAUCACUGAUAGAGGA